AUGUCGUAUCUGAAAGCAGUGAUUUUGGAAGGCCUGAGGAGGUAUCCUCCUGGGCAUUUUGUGGCUCCGCAUGCAGUGACGCAAGAUGUUGUUUUGGACAAAUAUUUGAUACCCAAGAAUGCAAGCAUAAAUUUUAGGGUUGCUGAGAUGGGGUUGGAUCCAAAGAUAUGGGAGGGUCCUAUGGCAUUCAAGCCUAAUAGAAUUUUGAAUAUUAGAAGCCAAGAACUUGAAAUUACAGGCAGUAGAGAGUGGAAAGCUGUAGAUGGAGAUGACGUUGAUUUGGCUGAGAAGUUAGAGCAUUCAGUGGUACCGAUGAAGAAUCCAUUGCAGCUCUGCCCUUCAGGAUGUGAAGGAUCUCUGAUCGCACUUGUGGCUUCUGCGACUGCCCUUUCAUUCAUAGUGAGUGGAUGGAUACCUUAG